CUUGAACUUCGACUUCGACCACCAUGCUUGCCGUUGCAGUUACAGGUUCUCUCGCUAUACUCGAUGCAGCAACAGUGAAACGGUCACCUUCUACCUUUUCUCCAUGCUUGAACCUUCCUUCACCUCCAACUGCCUGCUCCUGGUCAACGGACAACGCUUUUCUAUUCCUUUCCUCAUCACGAACCAUUCACAAAUACGACCCCACAUGCAACUCCCUCGAAGACCUAUAUACCUCCCCAGAGACAGCCGAUAUAUCCCACAUAUCUGUCAAAGACAAGGUUACAAUCGCAUUCAGUGCCGGAGACAAGGUUCAUGUGCUGGAAUGCGGCUCAACACCGAAGAUUGCACAAACCUUCAAGUCGCAUAAAUCACCGAUUACUUCUCUCGCGAUAUCCAACGAUGGUACCCUUCUUGCAUCCACCUCCGCUGGCGGAGCCCAUGUCUAUAACCUCUCUCACGGAUCGCACACUGUCCUCAGGGGACUGCCACUAACAGGCCAAUCAAUCCGAACUUGCACUUUCCACGCUCAUACGCGCGCGCGUCUUUUGCUCGGUAUUGGCAAGCAACUCAUCGUUUUCGAUACUACACGUCCCUCGGGCCUUAUGAAGACAAUUCCACUGAACGCGUCGUCUUCAGGUGACAUCGUCUCUGUGGCAUGCAGCCCAUUCAGUAAAACACUGGUUGUGGUCGCAACAUCAGGAGGCAAUGUCGGGCUUGUGGACCUUGAGAAAGAGAAAGGUCUAUUCCGAACUCUAAAUCUCAAGAUUCCCCUUACGUCCAUCUCAUUUUCCCCUGAAGGAGCUUCCAUCUACGUUGGGACAGAAACGGGAAAGUUUCUUAUCUUAGACUUGCGGGCUCUGGAUAAAGCACCGAAGAGCAUCACAAUCAGUGGCAGUGGCUGCCGAGUUGAGGCAUUUUGCGUCCAGAGAAAGAUCAAAGGGGCACCAGAAACUAAAGCAAAUUCCUCAGCGGCUAAAGCUACUAGCGAGGUGGUCACCAGCGCGGGCGUUCGUCCAGUAUCAGCAGCGAAAUCUGCGGCUGUACCCUCCUCUUCUCCUAAGAAAGUGGCAAGACUAUCGGCUGGCCACCGAGAACCCUCCGUUGCACGGAAAUCGUCAACUGCUUCUUCGCCAAGAAAGCAGAGCAGUGCUGGUCCAAUGACGAAGAAAGUGUUCUCCCCAGUGCGAGAUCCACUUGGCAAUAGCACUAGUCUUAACGAGGACAUCUCAAUGCAGAUUGAAUCUCUUAGUGCCAUGCGCGGCGCUACCAAGAGGCCUGUCAAAGAAGAGAAGGAUAAGGCUUCUUCCGUUUCAAGACACUUGAUGAGGAAGAGCUCGACGAUUAGCGCUUCAACAACGGGCUCUCCCGUGAAGCUCACUAAAACAUCACCAGCCUCUUCACCCAAGGUAGUGGAGCGGGCACGUACCACCUCCGCGUCUAGUAAGGCAUCUACGGCACUGCCGGCACCAUCAACAUCGCCCAAAGAAAACGAACCCCCACGUCGAACACGUACCAUCUCAUCGACUUCGCGUACCCGUCGACUAUCAAACACGGAGUCGAUAUCAACAGCGUCGACACAAUCACGCCCAAUCAGAACACUCUCCUCGGUGUCACGGACUGAAUCUGACAGUCUAUCUGCUCGCUCAUCCCGUGCACCCAAGACGUCCAUUGGUUCUUCAGCAUCACGCAAUCCAUCUCCGAUCCCACCCGUGCCCCCUCUGCCUGUUGAAGUCGUACAGCAACAGCAACGGCUUUCCCCCAAGUUCUCCGAGGAGCGAAGUCGCACUCCUUCCCCAGACCUUCCUGAUGUACAUGAUGCUGAUCCAGUAACACCUUUACCUGCGAAGAAAGGUAUGGCUGUGUUGGGUCUCGGAACACCCGAAGUGGAGCGCUGGAUCCAGGCUGGUGAAGUGAAGGAGCUUUCUGCCAAGGAUCGGAAAGGGAAGGGGCGCAGCGUCGGUUUCAUGGACCCGAGGGAAGAAGACGGGAAAGAAACUAGUAUGGAGAUACAGAUAUCCCCUCGUCGCGCGACGCCCAUGAAGCCGGCUUCAUGGGCGUCCUCACCACUAAAACAUCCCAUACCUAACUCUCCUGGGGGUACCUCCGCGCACGAUUUCCUCCGCAAUAUUGUUGGGGAUGUUAUGUUUGAUUACCAGAAAGAGACAAAAGCGCAGAUUACCGGGUUGCACCUGGAGAUGGUGAGGAUGAGGCGUGGCUGGCGGAAAGAGCUGGGGGACAUAAUGGAGCAGUACGUGGGCGACUUGAAGGAUCUGAGAGAAGAGAAUCAACGGCUUCGAGAGGAGAAUGAUCGUCUACGGCGAGGGUACUAGAAUCUACCUCAGUUUGGAUUUACACACCUCAUGACUUGUUGAUGCCACUAAUAACGAACGUCGUAUCAAGCUAUAUCUUCUUGAAAGAUGAGUAUAAGCAAGCUGCCCGCGCCUUUUUUCUUCUAGAGGUCGC